AUGGGGAGAGAAAAAGUACAUGCACUGUUGUUGGAGGAUCUGCUAGAGAAGUCCGGCGGUUGUGCCGUCGUGGAUGGUGGUUUCGCCACCCAACUUGAGAAACACGGCGCCUCCAUUAAUGACCCUCUUUGGAGUGCUCUUUGUCUAAUCAAAGACCCCGAUCUCAUUAAAAGGGUUCAUUUGGAGUACUUGGAAGCUGGUGCAGAUAUAUUAGUAACUUCAUCUUAUCAAGCCACUCUUCCAGGAUUUCUAUCCAGAGGGCUGUCCGUUGAAGAAGCAGAGUCACUGCUUGAGAAAAGUGUCACAAUUGCAGUCGAAGCCCGGGAUAAAUUCUGGGCUUCAAAGAAGAGGAGUUCUGGUCAUAAUUACAACAGGGCUCUGAUUGCAGCCUCUAUUGGAAGCUACGGUGCAUAUCUUGCCGAUGGUUCCGAAUACAGUGGGAACUAUGGACCGAACGUAAGUAUAGAGAAGUUGAAGGAUUUUCAUCGGCGUAGAUUGCAAGUUCUUGUGGAAGCAGGGCCAGAUUUGCUUGCAUUUGAGACCAUUCCAAACAAACUGGAGGCUCAGGCUUGUGUGGAGUUGCUUGACGAAGAAAACAUUGAGAUUCCAUCUUGGAUCUGUUUCAGCUCUGUAGACGGUGAGAAUGCACCUUCAGGAGAAAGCUUUAGAGAAUGCCUUGACAUGAUAAACAAGAGUAACAAAGUUAGUGCGGUCGGAAUAAACUGUGCACCACCACAUUUUAUAUUAAGUCUCAUCCAGAGAUUCAAAGAGUUAACUGAUAAGGCAAUAGUUGUGUACCCCAACAGUGGUGAAAUAUGGGAUGGCACUGCUAAAAGAUGGCUGCCAUCAAAAUGUUUUGAUGAUGAAAAGUUUGUGCAAUUUGCCCCAAAAUGGCGAGAUGCUGGAGCAAAACUCAUUGGUGGCUGCUGUCGAACCACACCUUCCACAGUUCGAUCGAUUUCAAAAGUUUUGAAGGCCAAAAAACCCGUUUCCAACAUUAGACAAAUUGCUUAG